ACGCGCAUGCAGACUAGUAUUGUCGGCUUGGCAACGCUCCCAUUCGCCCCUCCURUUAAACUCGCUGCAUUCAUGUACCAGGCGGUAUCAAUCAAACAGUCACUUCACCUAUCAGAAGCGGACUUCUUCGGCUGGAGACUCUAUCGUACYGUUGUUGUUAUCGUCCUUGUGUCCACCUCUGAUCUUUCCAGACAAAUAUUCUUUCAUCCAGURCGGUAGAUCCAAUUCACCAUGAUGAAAAACUGCGCCUUUAUCUUCGCGGCACUUGUGUCGUCUGUUCUUGCCGCCCCGGCCAUAGUAUGGCACAAGAGCGAAAUUGAUAAUGCCAACGGUCGUGUCCUUCACUCUUCUGAAGAUUUGAGUGCCUCUGAUUUGAUGAAAAAUGUCCUUUCGGAAGCCCCCGAGGCUCCCUUGUCAGCUGUUGUAUUCCUUGUUGCAAAGGGUGAAGAUGGUUCGGAACAAUUGUCGGAGCUCGCAUCCUCUGGAAAACUCCCCGAAACAUUUUCGAAAUACAACGAUGCUAGUGGUGUGUACCAUUCCGUAUCGGGACUCGAAAGCCCUGGUGCCAUGGUUCGAGAAACAGGUCGCUAUACCGGUGACAAAAACCGAGUCCUCGAGGUAUCUCUAAGUGAAUUCAACAGCAAGGUGGAAUCUCUUGGUGCCACAGUGGAAGUUGAAAUCGAUAGCAAUGGAACCCCUAAGGCAUCCACGAACAAGAGCAUCAACAAGCGGGCACGAGCUCUUGCUCAUGCCGAUGUUUACGUUGUGAAUGUUAGUGCUAAAGCUGACGCUUCCGAAAUUGACACCUCCAUCAAUAGCGCCAUAGAAAACAAAAACGUAGGCUCUGUUGUUCUCGCUGGAGUUCGAUCGAUCGAGGAAGUCAAGCACGAACGAUUUUUGCUCAGCAAACGCCGCAUGCUCAAGAUGGAAGAAGACGGGAAUAAAUACAUGGAGGCGAGAGGACGUCGUCGUCUCGAACAAGAAGCCGACGGUGAUGCCAACGAAGAUGGCGGGGAUGAUUUGUCGGGAGUUUACUAUGUCCAUAUGACACCAAACAUCUUCUCGGGACUUCUUUUUACUCUCAUGUUCAUCGUUGUUACCUUCACCGGAAUCUCUUGCAUGGGGGAUAUCCAAGGCGGAGAUGUCUUUGUGGACAAAUAUCAUUCGAUCGGAAGGGAAGCUUAAAUAAUCCUUGCAAUAUAAAGAGCGAAAGGGAUGGGAUGGAGAGAAUGACCGAAUACGAUCGAAUCACUCCUCUGUAUCUCUGUUCAAAAAUUUAGUGGUUGGUACUCACUGUGUACCAACUUAAUACUAUCACACCUAAACAAAAAUGUAUUUUUCAAUGACUUGACCAAAAUUCACUGGGAAAUCUAGUAUCGAGUAGCAUAGGUAUGCUUCGUCGCUAGUGAUUUUGGCUUAAUAGUUGGAUGACAUAAAAUACUUGUGUUGAU